AUGGCACUCUCCUAUCAAACUGCAACAGAAUACAUAGCCUCACCAAUGUAUAGGAAGGCUUCAUCAAUGCCUGAAUACUUUGAUACAGACAGUGAAAAUAAGGAGGAAAUUACACAAGACCCAUUCGAAAACAUUAUCAAUAAUACCAUUGAUGAGGAAGAAGAUGAUUGCUCCGAUCCAUUCUCGGAAGUAGACGAAUUUCUUGAUAACGAAUCUGAUCCAUUCACAAUAUCUGAUAUUGAUCCCUUCUUGUUGAAAGAUGUUGAUCCAUUCCUUGUAGAUGACAGAGAUCCAUUUUAUGAAGUUGAUGAAUUUGAUGAGGAUGAGGUGGAUCCAUUUCUUGUGGAAGAUACUGACGUUUUUAAGGCUAACUCAUUAUUGGAUGCUGGAGUAGUGACAGAUCCUUUCUUGGCAGAGCAUGGAGUUAAAUGUUUUGAGGAAUAUGAUGGAGAUGAUCCAUUCUUAAUAGAAGAUGAAGAAUAUGAUGAGAAGGAAAUGCAUUCUAAAGAAGAGAGCAGAAGUAUCUUUGAGUUGGUUUUUACCCUUCACAAUUUAGGCUUACUUUGUUUGAUGGUUGCUUUAUUAAUUCUUUUGGUCAACCACAAAUAG